CAGCAGUGUUCCUCCUCGUCCCGACGCCAAACCUGCCUGUGCCUUCGUAAACUGAUUAUUGUGUUUUCUGACUGGAGAGCGACUCUGUCAGGCUGGUGGAUGGGACCAGUCUGUGCUCAGGCAGACUGGAGGUGAAGUCUAACCAGAGGUGGUCCUCAGUGUGUGAAGCUGACUUUGACCAGCAGGAUGCAGAGGUGGUCUGUAGGGAGCUUGGCUGUGGGGCUCCUUCAGUCCUCCAGGGGGCGCUCUAUGGAGAAGUGGAGGCUCCAAUGUGGACCAAAGAGUUCCAGUGUGGAGGCCAUGAGUCUGCUCUCCUGGACUGUAGAAGCUCAGGCUCAGAUAGAAACACCUGCUCACCUGGCAAAGCUGUUGGACUCACCUGCUCAGAGCCUGUCAGGUUGGUGGGAGGACACAGUCGUUGUGGAGGAACACUGGAGGUGAAACAGGGAGACUGGAGACCAGUGAUAGGCUUUUACCCUGACUGGACCCUGAAGACAGCAGGUGUUGUCUGCAGAGAUCUGGACUGUGGCUCUGCUGUUUCUGUAGGAGAGAGAAAGGAGUCCUCAGACAGACCUGUGUGGAGGAUCAGGUCUGACUGUGUUCACUCUGGAUCUGCUCUGAGGGAGUGUGCAACAUCAUCUUCCUCUUCCUUCGUCCUGAAUCUCACCUGCUCAGGUAAGCCCAUCAGUGACAUCAUCAGUGACAUCAUCAGUGACAGCAAUGUUUCCAGUAUGUUCCUUCCUCUGUCACAGUGA